CGUUGUACUUGUCUUAUUUCCACCCAAAACAAAACCUCACCGUCAAAAAAUCACGAAGCGCGCGAACUCUAAUUGAAAGAAAUCCUAGUAUUUAUGUGAAUCAAAAUCUGAAGUGGUAAACCAUACCAUAACCAUGGCGAACAAACUUGCAACUAGACGGGACCUACUGGAUCGGUGGAGAGGCAUCCAGAUGGAAGAAGAGGACGAUGACGGCGAUAUCCCCGAUCCAUCCAAGCGCCAUCUGCUCCACCUCCGUAAAGAACAAUGGUUUGCAGAUGCAUAUAAUUUUCUAAUUUGCUUGCCUUGUGAAAGUCAUUUUUGGUGUGGCUUUUGGGAUAUAAUGGGUCCCUUAUUGGAGACUUUUUACAAUUACUUCAAAGACGAUCGUCAUGAUUCUCCUCUUAGGCUUUUAUGGAAGAGAAUAUCUGAUGAAAUGAAGCACUGUUUGCAAUGCGUUUCUCAGCAUCAUCAAGCCCAAGACAUGUACAAUAUGGAGUACGAGUCUAGCUCUAUUGGUCCUCUUCUUGAUGUCUUGCAUAAGCUUGAUAAUGAGAGGGUGACAUUACAUCUGAGAGAUAUCAACACAAAGUUAGCAGGGGAAGAAUAUAAUCCUGCAUGCGAUUAUGCUGAAGUAGUUAACUUGUUGUAUGAGGUGUUAAUGUUCCCAGUCCUCUUAGGUUAUCAGCCUUUAUUCAAUGAGUUUGAGGUAUUUGUUGAAGCUAUUGACUGUAAACACGAAUUAGCUUUGUCUGGGCAUCAACAAUUUCCGGGAGUAUAUGCCUUACUAUUUUGCAAGAGAAGUGUUCGUUCUGUUGGAUAUCGCUUAGCAGAAUCUAUGGGAAAAUUGAGGAGAGGAGCGGACUUGGAACCUUUGCAGCCACUUCUCAAGAAAUUUAUUGGCUGUUUAGAGGCUGAUGCAUUACCAUUGGCUUUGGAUACUUCAACACCAAGAGCCCAGCUGGAUCGUGUGUCUUUAUGGAUUGGCAUCAAAUCAUUGCUUAGCUUCUUGGAGCCUACAACUUUUGAAGAAGGGAUAUUGGAACAAUACCCCUUUUUUGUAGAUAUUGUACUCAAUCAUAUUAGUGGCGAUUCACUUGAAUUCUCACAUGCUGUUAAUUGCUUGAGACUACUAUUUGAAAUGCUUGGUUGCAAGCUUUGGUUAAGGUCUACAUUGCCUCCAAGUGUAAUGCGCAAUACCCUACUUGGUCAAUGUUUCCAUACUCACAACGAGAAAAUCCAUAAAGAUAUUUUUGGCCUUUUCCAACCUUUCCUACAGUCUCUUGAAGCUCUUCAAGAUGGUGAGCAUGAAAAACAGCGUAGACACUUUCUCUAUUUUCUCCUCCAUCAAGUGCCAGUGAGCAGUAACUUCAGCAUUCUAACGAGAAAACUGGCAAAUCAGAUAGCAUUACUUGUUGUAUACCGAGGAUAUAGGAUGAACCCACCUUGCCCUCCUUUUGAGUGUUCACACAUGUGGGGACCUGCCCUGGUGUCAUCUCUGAAGGACUCCUCACUUCACAGUUCCUUAAGGCAACCUGCAUUUGACCUUAUACAGAUUAUCAUAGUAUCAGAUGCUGCUGCUUUAGUGAAUUCAGUGCUGAGCUGCUGCACAAAUCCAAACACUGAGAGUAGCAUGGAAAACAAGGUCAUUAUUGAGUUGGAUGAUGAAAGUGAUGAUAUUUGUUUCCAAGCUAUUCCAAAUUGUGCAAUGAAGGAUGGUGAUUGUUCUUGGGCUCAAUUCAGUGCGCAGGCUAGAAUAAUCUAUCAAGAGUUCCGUGAGUGGAUGUGCAUUCCAAUGUUAUGGGUUGAUGUUUUAGUUGAUAUCAGUCCCUCAGUCCUACCAAUUUCAUUUUCCCAGGCCAUCUUCUGGGCACGAUCUCGUUUUCCAAUGAUAGAACUUGAGAAGAGUUCAGAAACAGUGCUUCCAGUCAGAUCUUGUCUUUCAUCUUAUGCUGCAGAAAUUUCCUCUUCAUUUGGGUGGAAGAUUCCAACUGGUUCUGAUGAUGGUGGAGAUGGAAAAAAGUCUAAAAAUUCAGUUGAAGUGUUGGCAAUGUCGUCUCCUUUAAUAAGAACAUUUAACAGGUUAGCUGCAUAUUUUUUAGUGCAGAUGGGUCAAGGAGCGCUCCAAAGUCAGUGGACAUGGCAACCUGUCAUGAGUGAAAGCUUGAUCCUUUCACUUUUGGAUCCAAAUGAUGAUGUUAGACAGUUUGGAAAGUCUGUGUUAGAACAAGUUUCAAAUACUCGGGGUCUUUCAUGUGGAAUAAAGUUCCUAUGUUCGCAAGAGCUGUCAUUGUAUGCAAUUAUUUUGGGCCUUAAGCAUGCUAUGAGACUGGUCCAACUAGAUUCUGUCAUGUCGAAGUUUCAUUCUCUACAUCACUUUUGGUUUAUUUUAUAUAAAUUACUCAAAGAAAGGGAAUUAUCUCCUCAAGAGUUACCGGGAAAAAUGGAUAGUGAUUUAAUGAUGCCAAAAUUCUCUUCACAAGGCGGGUUUUUGAAGCAACCGGCUUUUGAUUCUCUGCCCCUGGAAAUGGAUAAACAUGUUUCUAAUGUUGAACCAAAAACAAUAUAUAAAUUUGGUGGUUUAAUAUCUGAAAUGGCAUGGCCUAUUUUUUGCAAGUGCUUGGUAAAAGGAAGGGAGUUUGUUGAUUACAAUCUUUGUCAGAUGACUUGUGUUAGGCUACUCGAGGUCCUGCCUAUCGUUGUUGACAAACACAUAUGUUUUGGUAAAGAGCAUGGAAAUUUCAGAAUGCAUGUACAAAAUAAAUUGGAUUUCAAAUGGCUUCAUGAUCUCAUGCAAUGGGGAAGGUCAUCACUUAAAGUUGUUGUUGUUUAUUGGAAGCGAGCAGUUAUUCAGUUACUCAAUCUAUUCAAACGAUUUUGUGAUAAAACUUCAGUUUCAACAAUCAUGACCAUUGAACAUCUUAUUUCCUAUGAUGGUUGUCCUUGGGAGGAAUUGAUAAAACAAGUGUCUCACCUGUCUGUCUCUCUAUCUAGGGGAGUUUCUCAUAAUUCUCGGGAGACAAAUAUGACACCGAAAUCAAUGUGUAAAAGCUUGUCCUUUGAGAAGAACCCUUUUACUUCAGAUUUGCACUCUUCAACUAUGGCUGAUAAAGGUUUAGAAAUUUUUGACUCUACAAUGAUGUCUUGCAAAAGAGGCACUAAAGAUGUAAUUAUUCUUUCAGAUGAUGAAGGGGAAGCAAAAGUGUCUCCCAAUAAGUCUAUUUUAUCAGAUAAUGAGAUAGGCAACCGCGUCUCUCAUGGCAACUUAAUGUUUUGUGAUGCUGGUAAAAGCUUGCUGAAUGCUGACCUUGUAAAACAAAAUGUUUCAAGUAUGGAAUUCUGUGGGAAAAUAAUGGAGCCCUUCCAAAAAAAUAUUUGUACUGAUUCUCCCAUCCUUUCUUCUGAGAAACAGAACUCCAGUAAUUUUAGUUUACAUAUUAAACCUGUGGUCACUCCUUUUGCUGAUUCAAAAGGCCUAGGCACUCAAAGCAGGGAAGUAAGCUUGAAAUCCAAGGAUAGGGUCAAUUUCACAAAACUUUCUGAUGAGGCUGUUAAUGUUAAAAAACCGAACAAAUCUUGCAGCAGUGCCGUUCCGAAAACUGGUGAUACUAAAUCAAGUAAAAACAAUAAAAUGUCAAGUCAUUCUCAGGAUGCUGAAGACAGCCAGCUAGAGCCUGCAGUGAAACCUGUGGGCCGUAUUCCAUUGCAUGUACCGAAGCCUACUUCGGUUGUGAGAAGGCAAGUUAUUCAACUCGAAACACCUCUUGAUAACAAUUCUGUCAAUCUAUAUAAAUUAAAGAACCCAGAGAACAGAUUCAAGCCACCUAGGUUGGAUGAUUGGUAUAAACCUAUUCUUGAAACAAAUUAUUUUGCCACAGUUGGAUUGUCAUCCACAAGAAAAGAUGAAACCCAAACCGUUGGGAAGUUAAAGGAAGUUCCUGUUUAUUUUCAAUCACCAGAACAAUAUGUGGAGAUAUUCAGGCCGUUAGUUUUGGAGGAGUUUAAAGCACAGAUACAGAAUACUUUUCAUGAGAUGUCUUCAUGGGAGGAUGCAGCUUAUGGGAACCUUUCAGUGAUGUCAGUGGAGAGAGUUGAUGAUUUUCAUUUUGUUCGUUUUGUCCAUGAUGACAGUGAUUCUGCAGCAUGUAAGAGCUUUUCAGAAAAUGACCUCAUUUUGCUAUCAAAAGAACCUCCUCAAAAGUCUUCUCAGGAAGUUCAUAUGGUUGGAAAGGUUGAAAGGCGUGAGAAAGACAAUAAAAGAAGUUUGAGUAUUGUUCUUAUCAGGUUCUAUCUUCAAAAUGGUUCCUCACGUUUAAAUCUUGCUAGAAGGAAUCUCACUGAACGAAGUAAAUGGCAUGCUUGCCGUAUAAUGAGUAUUACCCCACAAAUUCGAGAAUUCCAUGCAUUGUCAUCGGUAAAAGCCAUCCCCUUGCUUCCGCUUAUUUUAAGUCCUGUCAAUGAUUCCGUUUGUCUUGGUGGAACUAAAGAAGCAGAUCUCAAUAAGUUGUGCCUGUCCUUACAACAAACUUUGAGAUCAUCAUUUAAUGUCUGCCAACUUCAAGCAAUUAGUGCUUCUAUCGGAAGGGUGGAACCCAAGAAAAAUAGUGAACUGUCUCUUAUUCAGGGUCCUCCAGGAACUGGGAAGACACGAACUAUUGUUGCAAUUGUCAGUGCCCUUCUAGCUUCCGCUUCCACUUCUCUAAAGAUGAAUUGUCUAAAACGAGCUUUCAAUGAAAAUUUGAACAAGAAUUCUCUCUCUCCCUUUUCAAGACCCAAAAUUAGCCAGAGUGUUGCCAUUGCGAGGGCAUGGCAAGAUGCAGCCUUGGCAAGACAAAUGAGUGAAGAUGUCCAAAGUUCAUUGAAAUAUUUUCGAAGUUCUGUGAGACAAAGAGUGCUUAUUUGUGCUCAAUCUAAUGCUGCAGUGGAUGAGUUGGUAUCAAGAAUUUCUAGUGAUGGUCUUUACGGAAGUAAUGGAAAAAUGUACAAACCUUAUCUUGUGAGGGUUGGAAAUGCAAAAACAGUCCAUCCAAAUUCACUGCCAUUUUUCAUUGACACACUUGUUGAUCAACGUGUAACAGAAGAGAAGAUGCACUUGAAUGAGGGGAAGAAAGAUAUGAAGGUAGAUUUGUCAACGGUUCUUCGUUCUAAUUUAGAGAAAUUAGUUGAUUCUAUUAGGUUCUAUGAAUCCAAACGGGCUGACCUAAGGGAUGGAAAUUCUAAUGUUAGAAGUCACCUGCAUGAUGACUCUCAUGUGGGGGAUGUGAAAGAAAUGUCUGAUGCAGAAAUUAAAGUGACGCUGCGUAAACUUUAUGAACAGAAACACCAACUAUAUAAAGAUCUUAGUAAUGUUCAGGCUCAGGAGAAGAAAGUCAAUGAAGAAACCAGGAGUCUUAGGAAUAAGCUGCGGAAAUCCAUACUGAUGGAAGCUGAAAUAGUGGUAACUACAUUAAGUGGAUGUGGCGGUGAUCUUUAUGGAGUUUGCUCUGAAACAAUGUUAAGCUCCAAAUUUGGUGGUCCAUCUGAACUUACUCUCUUUGAUGCUGUUGUCAUUGAUGAAGCCGCCCAAGCUCUAGAACCUGCUACUCUGAUUCCUCUUCAGCUUUUAAAGUCAAGUGGAACCAAAUGCAUAAUGGUUGGUGACCCAAAGCAACUUCCUGCAACUGUCCUCUCAAAUGUUGCGAGUAAAUAUCUUUACGAGUGCAGCAUGUUUGAACGUUUACAAAGGGCAGGGCAUCCUGUUAUCAUGCUUACUGAGCAGUAUAGGAUGCAUCCAGAGAUAUGCAGGUUCCCUUCACUGCAUUUCUAUGACAAUAAAUUACUAAAUGGGAGCCAAAUGUCUCGCAAAUCAGCACCAUUUCAUCAGACCAAGUGUCUUGGGCCUUAUGUAUUCUAUGAUAUCACUGAUGGUAGGGAGGUUCGUGGAAAAAACAUGGGUGCAAUGUCACUUUGUAAUGAGCAUGAGGCUGAUGCAGCAGUUGAGGUACUAAGGUUUUUCCAGAAAAGGUUCCCAACUGAAUUUACUGGAGGAAGAAUUGGAAUUAUUACUCCAUACAAGUCUCAACUUUCUCUUCUGCGAUCUCGUUUUCUUGAUGCAUUUGGAUCUUCAAGCACAGCUGAAAUCGAAUUUAACACUGUGGAUGGCUUCCAAGGUCGAGAAGUGGAUAUAUUGUUACUUUCUACCGUAAGAGCAGCACUUUUGAGCAAUGCUGCAUCUGAAAGAAACUCGAGCACUAUUGGAUUUGUUGCUGAUGUAAGACGGAUGAAUGUCGCCUUAACAAGGGCCAAGUUGUCACUUUGGAUUUUUGGUAAUGCAAGGACUUUACAAACAAACCAUAACUGGGCUUCUCUUGUGAAGGAUGCUGAAGAAAGAGACUUGAUUAUGACUGCUAAAAGGCCAUAUCAUUCAAUCUUCAAAACAGCUAGUAAAGAUAAAGACUUUCUUGAGAAUUCUAAUAAUGUCAUAAGACAACCGAAGCAUGAAAGAGAGGUUAAGGAUAAUGACAAAGAUGGUUUUGAGAGUAAAAAGAAACGUGUAGCUUCUGAAGUUAAGUCUAAGGGUAGGAGGGAUGACAAAGCUUUGGGGAAAAGUGCUUUAUGUAAGGAAAAGAAAUCCCUAGAUGAACGUAACUCCAUCAAGAACUUGACUUGUCUCGCUGCAAAAUGUGAAAGCAGAAGCUGCUCCGAUGGUAUGUUGACAACAACAGAACAACGGGUUUUUGACAAUGGAAAAGAAGGCAAAGACAAGAUGAAGAUCGAUAGGGUAGAGACAAUAUUGGGCAAGAGGCAAUCAAAAUUUGAGAACACAAGGAGCAGCGCAUACCAUGUAGUUGAAGAGACAGGUGGCAGACAGAAAACUUCAAAACUUUCAGAUUUGGAUAGACCAAAUUUGUGUUCCAGAGGGGAUACGAGUAAUAGUAAUGAAGUUUCUGCAUCCUCAUUGGAAGGCUGUCACAAAAAAAAACAUGCAGAUCAAGUUAAAUGUACUACUAAAAGUGGGGUUUCUGAGAUUUCAAAACGGAAACAGCAGCGUAAAGCUGUUGAUGCUAUUCUUUACUCAUCUCUGAUAUCCACAAAGAAGGAUGAGACCUUGAUAAAAGCUUCUGCAAAAAGGCGUUUUUCAUCGUCUAUUGCAAAUGAGAGCGUGAAACCACCCAAGACAACAAACGAUCAGUCAGUACACGAGUGAGGAGGAAGAUCCCCCCAAGUUUUUCUGCUGCUUAUGGCUGAUGCUGUUCUAUCAAUUAUCUAGUGGUCUGGGGAUUUUGUUCAUAAUAUUUCGGUAACAGACCUGUGAUUUUUUUUUUUUUGGUGACUUGAUAUAGAACAAAAACAGGAAACAGAGGAAACAAUCCAAAAAUGGACAGGACAAGUCCCUCUGAAUAUGAAUAAGUUCAGCUAAGUCACUCCAAGGUCAGCAUAAUCAUCCUGAUUCCUUGCUGCAUACAUAGCCACAGCAUCCGCUGCAGAAUUAGUUGCUUCCCCUAUGCACAGAAGGAAGCAAAUUCUGAGUUAACAAGAACGCUUCCAAGCUCAGUCUGACAAAUAAUGUCUGAACACUCAAACUCCCAAGCUAGCACCAAUCCGCUCAACAUCGCGCAACACCUGUUAAUUCGGCACUAUAUCAGUGAGUUCUUAUGGACGGAUUCUGUCCAAAGAGAACUGGUUCCAUCUUUGAUCACUAAAGGAUACCUCCUAUGACUACUUCGAGGGUGAACUAUGACGCCAGUGUCUCUCUGGUCGGAUCAGCUUUCCGGUUUUGGUUUUGUUCGAAAUGCUGAUGGCCAGUGGGUGGUUGGUUGCACUGGUAGCCUUCUUGUGGAACAGACCUGUGAUUUCAUUCCAAUAGGUUUUGCUUCACGAAGAAAAAUUGCAGUUUGUGAGUAAAUGCAGGAAAUUUUGUUCAUAAAUAGAAUAACUGAUUUCACAGUACAAUUUAUUUUCCAUAUAGCGGUGGAUUGUUUAUAAUAUAUAUUUGCCGACUUUACCCUUAUCAA